AUGGCAGAAGCAACAAGUGCAAUAUUCGAUGUUCGUGAUGAUCAAUCAAAAAAUAUUAUGCUCAUAAUUUGGUCAAAAACUGGUGCAAUUUUUCAAGAUACAUUUCCAGCUGAGAAUACAACUUUUGCAUAUGUUAAAUAUUUAGCUAUACAAUUUUUAUUAAAAAAUAAUAAUAGUAAUUUAUCGAAAUAUGAUUGUUCAAUGCGUAGCAUACAAUUGAAUGAAAUGGAUAAUUAUAAAUUAAUAUCGAUUGAAACAAAAAAAAUUAUUGAUGAACAGAAAACUUUAAGUCAAGAAGAUGUUAAAGAUGGAGAUGAGUAUCUUCUAGCAGCAAAAGUAUCUCAACAACCAUCGAAAGCUGAACAAACAUUCGAACCUUCUUCUAUAAAUCAAAAUUUAAUCGAAUUUCGAACACAAGAUCUUCCACUACCUACAUAUUCACUUUCUCGAUCUCAACAUCUAGCAGGGAGAACAGAAUUUCGUACUGAUCUUAGUCGUGUAUUACUUACACUGAUUGAAACAUCACACAAAUUACUUUGGUAUUGUGCAGAUGCUGAAAAUAUCUUUCAGGAAGCUGAAGAAAUUCUUUCAAAAUCACCGAGAACAGAUUCAAAUCAUACAGAAAAACAUCAAAAUCAGAUAGAAAAACUAGUUAAUAUGGGAUUUACUGAACAGCAAGCACAACAAGCUCUUGAACGAACAAAAUAUGAUUUAAAUGCUGCUAUGAAAUUACUUUUAACCGAAAAAGAUACCGAUGAUAAUGAAAAAGGAAGAAAAAACUUGCAUAAAACAAAAUUUUUCUAUUCACGUAACGGUCCAUUUAUACCAUUUCGAGAAUUUCGAAAAAAAUGUUUUCAACCAAAUUCAUUAGCCAUUCAAUCAUUAGAAGAUAUGGGUUUUAAUCAUGAUGAUAUAAUACAUGCUUUACGAAUAUGUUAUAAUAAUGGAAAUUUAGCUUGUGAAUAUCUUAUUACUGAUAAAGAACAACAAAAUAUACUCGAUGCUAUUAAUGAACAAGGUCUUGAUCCAAAUUCAAAUAUGUUUCAAGCUAUUAUGGAAAAUUCAGUUAUUCAACGAGCAAUUAAUAAUCCAAAGAUAUUUUUAGUUAUGCUUCAAUUAUAUGAAAAUCCAAGUACAAUAACAACUUAUUUAAAUGAUCCAGAAGUUGGAAAUAUGUUAUUACAAAUAAGUCGUAUUUAUAAUGCUGAAAGAUAUCCGAUCUAUGUAUUAAGUAGUACUUGA